GAAGAACACAGGCCGAGGUCGGUUAGCUGAACGUACUGUACAUACCGCAACUCGAGUAAGCAUUAAGGAUCUACGCAUAUUUCCCCCUCCACGAGCUUUGUACGUCUCAAUGGUAGCGUCUUUGAGCAAGACGACAGCACCCAGCCUGGGCCCAUCGCCCACGCGGUUGCGCCAGGUUGCUUUGGUAAUAGAGGACAUCAACCAAGCAAGGCAGCUUCUCACACAUGUCAUUGGAGUGGAUGUUAUAUAUGAAGACCCAUCCGUGAGUCAAUGGGGGCUGAGGAACUUCCUGGGUACGCCCACUUAAUAAUGAAACCUCGCAUUCGCCAACAUCACGCUUAAUUCCCCUCGGCGGUGAGAUGAUUAAAGCCGUCUCGCCCUUCAAGGAUAGCACUGCGGCAGGGCGUCUGCUCAGCAAGCGCGGCCAUGGAGGCUAUAUGACCUGUUGCGGCAAACGUAGCCGCUGUAUAUCGAUGGAAAACUGCGCUAAGUUGCUUGCUAGCUAGGAG